AUGUUGCAGCAGCUUUUCUUGUCUCCCCCUCACCUCCCAGCAGGCUACGCCGACCACUGCCAAGGUGGUAGCUGCUGUGGCUGCAGCAGCAGCAACUGCGGCAAUUGCUGCGAUGACCCGACGACGGAGACGCUGCUUCAGCAGUCUUGCUGCUUAACCGCUGCAGCAGGGGAGUGGGCUUGCAGCAGAUGCAUCGCCUAUGCGCAGUUGCUGCGACUGCGCUGUGACUCCUCGCCCGCCUUUCUUGCUUCCCCGCCAAAUGCUGCUGUCGCAUUUCAGCACAUGGCUCCCCCAAAGUCGGACGAGCUAGAGAGAGCAGCAGCAGCAACAGCAACGGCGGCUACGCACACGUCACCGUCAGAGGUGCAUCGCUCUGGUGCCGCAGAGGCAGAGACUCCUUCAACAUGCUGUUGUUGCUGCUUCUACUACGGCAGUUGCGGCACUGCGAAUAGCAGCAGCAGCAACAGCUGCGAAGUGUGGGGGCCUCUACCGGUGUCCGUAGCAGAUGACUUCAGCUGUGACUUUGGCGGCGCCUGCGAUUCCUGCUUGGCUUUGCAGGAGGCACCGAGUCCUCUGGAUGCAGACGAUGGAGAUGUGAGUCAGCUCUGGGGCCCUGAAGAGGAGAGUUGGGGUCACCGGGAAUACUGGGGUGCCCCAAGCAGGUGCCCAGACGCUGGAGGACCUCCUGAGCAUGAGCGACGGGCGGCAGCGGUGGGAGUGGGUGCUCUUCUCCUACAGCUGCCGAGUAACCUUAUAUGCGACGCCACACUUUUGACCAGCGUGCCAAGCCCUCUGAAUGCUGGUGAGAGGCCGUUGGGGCCUCUGCCACCUUGUAGGAAUGAGGCAGUUCCACCGGAAUCAGCGAGAGUGGAAUGCUGCCAGCGGCGCUGCAGCGAGGCAUACACCAGCCGCAGUAGCACCAGUACCUGCUGUUGCGCGCUCGACUUUGAUGUGGCACGGCAAAAUAGGGAGGGAAAGAUGGAAGAGCUGCUGCCUUUGGAGAAAGACCUUCUGUUGCAUGAUGACCAAGCUCCUGAAGCAGGAAAGACACCUUCCCGUGACAUCAACCAGCAGCAGCAGCAGCAGCAGCAGCAAAUAGAGCCAAGCACUCUUGAGCAGCUUUCGCCCUCUCCAGUAUCGUACUGUGCAAGUGGCUGCGCCUCACCAUUGCAGCACACACAUCCUGACCAGCGAUCUCAUCCCGUUCCCAAGGAGUCAGAGCGCCAGCAGCAGCAGGUUAAGCUAGUUGAGACGCGGGAAACUUCGUCUCAAGAGACAGAAUGCCAGAAACCAGGAGCAGGGACGCAGCAGAUGCAACAGUCUCCUGCCGCGGCCACGAGGCAGCGCGUCCGGCGACGGCGUGCGUCAGAUCCCCUUGAAGUGCCAAGACUAGAGCAGGAUCAGCAAGAGCAAGAGAAGCAGCCCUAUUCUGCAGGCAGUUGCUGCUGUGGCAACCAGCAGUGUGUUUGUACACAGCAGCAACGAAGUGGCAGUUUCUUCGCAACUGGGUCCGAUGUGUCAACAGGGCAGCCAUGCUACGGCCGGCAAGAGCAGCAACAGCAGGAGUCGUUCCUGCUUCCUGUGCAAAAGAGGAAAAGACUUACAGAUAGCACUCUUGCGGACUCUAGCUGUGAUGAAUGGGUAGUGGGUCAGCAGGACCAGUGGCCAUGUGACGGCCAGGGGUGCCAAGCCCUGCUGCUGUCUGCGGAGGAACAACAACAACAACUCUCGCCUGCCUCAUUCUACAACAUUUCAUGCUCACCUUCUACAGCAACUACGGGAGCACAACAGCAGCUGCAGCACGGAGAUUCCACAGCAGCAAACUGUGGCUCGUGUGGAAGUGCAGCUAGCUGCUGCUGCUGCAGCUCUCUCGGACUAGAACCGCAACAGCAGCAGCAUGCGGGGCUCCAUACGAUAGUGGAAGGGACUCUCACACGUCAGCUUUCUCACGUUUCUCAAGAAUCUGGGGGUGCCGCCGAUACAGCGGCAAGCAGCGGUUCGCAGGAGUGCAACAGGGACUCAUCAGCUCCGUCUACGGCUCCUUCCCCCAAAGUAGCCGCAGCAGCAGCACCUCUGGUGAAGGGGGGCCCUUUCGUGUGCAACGUGGAAAUACCUGUAUGCGUUCCGCAGUUUGAAGACAGCACAGACUGCCUCUCGUUGCUGAAUCUGACUGAGGCGCAGUGGCAACAGUUCAGAGCCCAAGGCAUGUUCAAGUUGGGCGACAAGGGGAGGGCUAUUAUUAAAAGCAGAAUAUCAAGGCAGCUCCGUGUUUUCCCACAUCUGCGGAAAAAGGCUUCGUCGGUUGCGGGAGUCCGCUGUGCCACGACAAAGCAGCUGUUUCAGCUUGCGCAGAUUUGCGGACUCUAUGAUGUGCUCCCUCCCCAGUUCCAGCCCGCUUCGUUUCGGAGCUCGCAGCAGGGCCAGCAGCAACAAAGCAGCCAGUUGGACACGCAGCAGAGGGGGCAGGAUGCAGCAGCAGUUGCGGCUCGCUACUCGUCGCUCAGCCCCUUGACCAGCAGCUCACUGACGGAUGCAGUCCCUGGGAGCAACACAGCAGCUGCUACCCCAACCGCGCUCAUGGUGCCAGACUUUGAGGGGGCUUCACCUGGAGGUAGCAGUAGCAGUAGCGCAGUGUUCUGGCAGCAGCAGCAGCAGCAGUUACUGUUGGAAAGUAUGCAACAGCAGUCGCAACAGCAGGUUUUUUGCGAGCAGCAGCAGCUCCAGCUGCCUUUGAUCUGA